AUGGUAAUAACGAAAUUUAUCCAUCUGCUCUUAAUAUACUAUUGGAGGAAAAAGCUGGCGUUCAAAAUUCAAAUUUCACAUGACAUUUUGAAGAACAAAACAGAAGGUCAUGCUAUGCCAAGGAUCACAUCUAACAAAUCAAUCAUAGAUGAAUUGGAAAAAAUAUUGAAAAUGGAUCGGUUAUCAUUAUUGACUUUUGAACUAAUUAUUGAAAUUCUUUCACGAACAACAUUACAAACAUUUGUUACUAUACGUUGUACAAAUAAGUAUUAUGGAAAUCUAACAUACAACAAGCAUGUUCUUCAUAACUACAACCGUAGAAAUAAUGUGGUUUGUGGGGUUAUCGUUCAACAAAAAAAACAAUGGGGAAAUAUAGAGCGUCGGUUUGUUCCGUCUUCUGCUAGCAACAAUCUUGACAUUGAUUGGUUACCACAUACUUGUACGAUUUUAGCAUCAUCCUUGUGCGGACUCCUUCUUGUUGAAUCCUAUGAUCCAAAUGAAUACAUUUCAAAGAUUUUAUUUGUUACCAAACCAACGACUACAGAUGUCAAAUCGAUACCGUUUCCGAGCUCUGAAUACACUGCGGUAAAGUUUGCUUUCGUGGUUAUCAGUUCAAACCCGUUACAUUUCAAGGUCAUUCGACUGUCAUACACAAUGCCAUCUGAUAUGCUUAAGAAAAAAGUGGACUACGAUUACUACAACAUAGAAUUGUUUUCAUCUACUACAUGGCAAUGUAGGGAGUUUCAAAAUAUCCAGUUACUAUCAUUUGUUUAUCCUGUUUCUGAUGAGGCAGUUACAAGUGGCGGUGUAGUUAUUUCUUAUUAUCUAAUGAUACCAUAUUGCGAUUUGAUAUUUAUUCAGAAGAACAUACACUUAUAUAUGCGCCUUCUAUUAUUAAUGACUUCAAACCGUAUGCAUCGAGACUGAUCAAGUUUCACGGAAAAUUGGGAUAUUUCUCUGUAAGUGGAGAUUGUUUUAGGUCUAUUUGGGUUUUCAUUCACAAUCGAUGGGUUAAAGUAGAUGUUAGUACUUACAAUGAAGGUGCACAUGAAUGGUGGGAUUAUAGAAACAAUACCCUAUAUUUCUUUAAAGGAAAUACGAUUGAACAUGUGGUUCCGGUACAUCCUUCUCAACAAGUUUUUUCAAUCCGUUCUGAUUUUGAUACAGUCACUAUGCCAAGU